AUGGUUACAUAUAUUCGAGUAGUGAUGUUAACAAUGCAGUUUGUUAAUAAUCUUUACAAUCAUGUAUCAGGAGGGACACUGUCUGACACACGGACAAACCUUGAUUCCAUAAAAUCUUUGAUCUACAGCAAUGCCAAGGCUACAGUUACACUGGACUCAACAGCACUAAAGGAACUGGUCAAACUCUCAACAUCAGGUUCAUCUAAACCAACGAGGGGAGUCAGUUUCUCUGUUUAUGUUAGGGCCACAGCUCUUACAGUUGGAAAAGGACAGACCAUUAAAUAUGAUGAAAUCAUGACAAACGAUGGAAAUGGAUAUGAUGACAGAACAGGGGUAUUCGUGUGUCCAGUGACGGGAACAUAUAUGUUUGUUGUUGAUACUCUCUGCCAAGCAGAUACUUGGCUUGCCAUAAAAGUAAACAGGACAUAUGUAGCAAAUGUACAUAUGAGACUUCAUAACAGUUCUAUUUGGGGUCAAAUAAGCAGAACUGUCAUAGUAAAACUGAAUCGAGGUGAUCAUGUGAAAGUAGAUAAUGUAGGUCAAAGUACUGCAAUAAGUCACGGUGGAUACUCAGGAUUUACAGGAACAUUGCUUUACUAA